GCAACCUUUUUCACUUUUUCCAAUAUUCAAAAUAAAAAUAAAAAUGUCCAAAUUAAAUAGAGAUAUUCUUUAUUUAAUAUUCAAAGAGUUACGUAAUGAUAAAAAAACUUUUUAUUCUUGUCUAUCAGUUAAUAAAACUUGGUGUGAAAUAAUUAUUCCAAUUCUAUGGAAUAAUCCAUGGAAAUAUUUAAAUGAUGAUAAUAAUACAAAUGAGAAAAUUCUAUUGGAUAAAAUCAUUUCACAUUUAUCAGAUGAAUCAAGAAAUAAUAUAAAGAAAUUAGGUAUUGAUUUACCAACAAACUUAUAUAAAAAACCUUUAUUUAAUUAUAUUAGUUUUUGUAGACAUUUAAAUUUAAAUGCAAUUAAAAGGAUAAUUAUAAAUUCUAGAAAAAAAAUUAUUUUAAAAGAAAUUAUUCAUCUUUUUAUUAAUGAAAAUACAAAAUUUACACAUCUUUAUAUACCUCAACAAUUUAAUCAUCAAAUACAUCUUAUUCCAGGGGCUGAAAUUUGUUUCUCAGAAAUUGAAUUUCUUAGUUGUAAUACAAGUAUUAAUGAUAAUGUUUUAAUUGGUUUAAUUAAAAUGUGUAAACCAAUUAAAGAAUUGGAACUUUAUAUUAAUAUAAUUAAUAAUAAUUAUAAAAUUUCUGAAUUAAUUGAAACUCCUAAAAAAUUAUUUAAUGUUCGAUUAUUAAAUAAUUAUGCUCUUUAUUUAAAUCAUGAUGAAUCAUUUUGUAAAAUUAUUGAAAAUUCUUUAAUUAAACAUUCAAAUACUAUAAAAUAUUUUAAGAUAACUAAACAACCUAUCACAGGAAUUUUAUCAUAUUUUAUUAAUUUAAAAUGUUUAGAAUUGAAUGGUAAUUAUCAUAAAUUAGCAUGGGAUUGUUUAGAAAAUGUUUCUUUACCUUUUUUACAAAUUUUAAAAACCAUUUAUGUUUCAACUAAACCUUUAACAAGUUUAAUUGAAAAUACUAAUGGUUAUCUUAAUGAAAUAAUUAUUAAUGAUAUACCUCAUGAUGAUAUUGAUAAUAAAAGAAUUAUUCAAGUUAUUUAUAAAAAAUGUCCAAAACUUAAAUAUCUUAAAUUAGAAUUUAAAAAUAGUAAUAUUUUAGAAUUAAAUAAUUUAUUAAUUAAUUGUCAUUAUUUAAAUGGUUUAUUUUUUAUUAAUUCAAAAUUUGAUUGGAAUAAUUUAUUUGAAAUUUUAAUUAAAUCUUCUCCAAUUAAUUUAUUUAAAUUUAAAUUUGAUACUAUUUAUGAUAAUAUUGAAAAAGAUUCUUUAAAAUACUUUUUUAAUAAUUGGAAAGGUAAACAUCCUUUAUUAUUACAAUUUAAUCAAAAAAAUUUGGAACAAUAUAGUGAUCUGAUAGAAAAAUAUAAAGAAGAAGGAAUAAUUAAAAAAUUUGAUUAUAAUUUAUGUAAUGAAGAUUUUAAGUGGAUUUGA